GGAGUUGGUGACGUCGUCGAGUGCGAAGGCGGCGGCGUUGCCUGAGUUUCCUGCUACUGCAACUGACCGGUUGGUCGCCGUCUGGCUGUCCUGCAUCAUGUUCAGAGCAGCCCUCCGCUUGUCUUUCUCCGGCGUUCGGAGUUUGACCCCUACGAAACCAGCUUGCCAAGGCUUGUUGGUCUCAAGGUGCUAUUCACAUGGGAAACAGGAGACCGAUGAGGAGUUUGACGCACGCUGGGUCACCUACUUCAACAAGCAGGAUAUCGACGCUUGGGAGCUGAGAAAAGGAAUGAACACGUUGGUUGGUUACGAUCUGGUACCCGAGCCAAAGAUUAUUGAGGCGGCGCUACGAGCUUGUCGGAGAUUAAACGACUUGGCCAGUGCAAUCCGAAUUCUGGAAGCUGUCAAGGAUAAAGCCGGGCCGCACAAAGAGAUCUAUCCAUACCUUCUUCAAGAACUUCGGCCGACAUUAGAGGAGCUUGGAAUUUCUACACCAGAAGAGCUUGGCAUUGACAAAGUAUAAGUAAAGUGGCCGUGGAUGUCCUCAGAACGCAGAAUCUGUGUACCUACAUGUUUGCCUCAUCUGUUUAUUUAAUUUUGCCUUUAUGAAGUUCUUUUGCUUGUAAAAUAUUGAUGAACCUAAUAAAGGACAAUUUAUCUGUAACGCAGCUCACAAGUACUUCAGAAUAAUGGGUUUAAAAGUGAAAAUUGCGCACUUCUGGAAAGAAUUUGUGUAUUCCAAGUUGUUUUGUGGGAGACGGCACUUAUUUGGAUGUGCUUUCGUGAGGUUUGCUUGUUGCCACUAGAGGUCAGCAUUUUCACGUUGUUAAAAAGCGAUUCGACUGCAUCUGUUAGUGCGUUUUCAUUCACUGAUCAAAUAAACAUGUUCAAAUGGAACAUUGGCUUCCCAUUGUAAUCAAUCAAAGACGUGGAAAAGCUAUAACCAACAUUUUCGUCAACUUUUAUUUCACUAGUUCACUAUCUGUGAUAGAGGUAGUCGUCCAAUCUAUUUUGACUUGGAGGGCUGUGUACCCUCAAGACGUUUAUCUUCAUUAAUGUGUAAAAUCACUACCAGAGCAGAAAAGGCCUCGGUGGCUCCGAUGCAGCACCCUCGUAGAGUCGCAUGCAAUAUUCUAUCAGGGUGUCCAAACCAGGGGCGUCACUAGGUUUUAGGAACAGGGGGGGCUUUGCCCCCAUGAGUUAUACAGGAUGUAAGUGAAUGUAGCGUACAGGCACAAAACUGCACAAACAGCUAAAGGAAAAAAAAAGACUGAGAAUUUAUAUAUGUAUAUAUGGAUAUGUAUAUGGCAGAAAACACAAGACUGAAGCAAUUUCUGCUCUUGCACUCCUCUUUAAAAGAAACUGCUGUAUUUUAAGCCAAAACAACUGUUGUAUUUGAUAGAACAAAAUGUCUAUAUGCUGCCAUAGCAGAUUUAUGGCGCAUUAAGCCCCCGAACUAUUUUUAAUUUGUCCGUUUUACCCUGAAAAACCCCCGUUUACAGACGUCGCGCAACUGCUUUUGUUUCAUCCCAGACAUAAAAUGUAGGUAAUUAAUUAUAUUUAUUGUUCAAAAUGUCUGUCGUUUUCGCUUAGAAUCAUUAAUUGAUGUCUCAUAUUUUGUUUAAAAAAAAAAAAAGACUUAAAAAAAUUAUU